UCCGUCUUUUCCGGCCGGCUGCGAGCAUCGAGUUCCCUUUCUCCUUGGUGGCCGUGUGACCUGUGGGGCUCUGAAGGGUAAGACCUUCCGCCGAUCGAAUCCGGCCCGUCGACCUCCGCCCUAUGGACCCACGACCCCGGCGCUCAGCGAUUCUUAAGCUGCCCUGACGUGUCGUUGGCAUCACAGAAGAGUGUGAUCACACCUAUUUCAUCAUCAGACUUAAAGGAUGGAUUUGCCUCAUGGAUGUCUGCUUUCUGGGGACCCAGGCUGCAAUGAAGAAGAGACAAAGCUAGAAAGCACAGGGGUUGAUUGCCUAAAAAACUAUUACAAGGAUUCAGUGACCUUUGAGGAUGUGACUGUGGACUUCACCCAGGAGCAGUGGACUUCAAAGGACUCAACUCAGACAGACAAAAAUAGUGAUGUGACAGUGAAGAACUCUAAGAACUUGACUACUGGAGAAUUGGAACUGCAACUACACACCAAAGAUUCAGCAUUUCAGCAGGAUUUGUUGACAAGACAUACCUUCACUGAGAAACAGCAGGACUCACUGACCUUUGAGGAUGUAGCUGUAGACUUUACUCAGGAAGAGUGGACCUCACUGGAUCUGGGUCAGAGAAACCUAUACAGGGAUGUAAUGCUGGAGAACUACCAGAACCUGGCUACAGUAGGAGGUCAGCUUUUCAAACCUAGCCUGAUCUCUUGGUUGGAGCAAAAAGUUGAAUUGACAAUAGCAGAACAAGGAAUUCUUCAAGAAUGGGAAAUGCACCUUAAGACUAAAAGGACAGUAAUUCAGCAGGAUACACUUUGGUCAGAUGCAUCAAGUGGAAUGCACCUGACCGGAAAACACAGUGGAGGGCUGCUGUGCAACUCUAAGCAAGUUGGGAAUGUUUUCAGUGAACACUCAUGCCUUCAGACUCACACGAGUAAUCCAAGUACAGAGAAUACUCCAGAGUGUAGUCUGUGUAGAAAAGACGUGCUUCCACUACUCAAGGAAACUUUUACUGAAGAGGACACCUUUCUGUUGAACCAGUGUGUAAAGCCUAUUACCUUGUCUCCAGAUACUCCCCAGAGAAUGAGCACUCAGGAUAAGUCCAGUGAAUGCAGUAAAUGUGGGAAAACCUUUGUUAAUCAGUUAGACCUCCAGACUCAUAAUUGUUCACAUACUGAGGGAAAUGUCUACAAGUCAGAACAAUGUGGGCAAGUUUUUACUCCCUCCACAAGCCAUGAUGGGUGUGGCGAAAUGUCCACUGCAAAAAAAUAUUAUGAAUGUAAAAAAUGUGAAAAAUUCUUCACACAUCCUAUAUACCUUAAUCUUCAUAUGCAAAGUCACCCUGUAGAGAAACCAUUUGACUGUAAGGAGUGUGGUAAAGCUUUCACUGAGCGUUCAAGCUUAAUUGUACAUCUACGACAACACACUCGGGAGAAGUCCUAUGAGUGCAAGGAAUGUGGGAAAACCUUCAUUCAGCCUUCACGCCUUACUGAACAUAUGAGAAGUCACACAGGAGAGAAGCCCUAUCAAUGUGACCAGUGUGGGAAUGCAUUUGCAUCAUCCUCUUAUCUUACUACACAUUUGAGAACUCACACUGGAGAAAAGCCCUUUGAGUGUAAUGUAUGUGGGAAAGCAUUUACACGCUCCUCCUACCUUUUAGGUCACAUACGAACUCACACUGGGGAGAAACCCUACGAAUGUAAAGUAUGUGGGAAAGCCUUCAGUGGGCGUUCUUGGCUUACUAUACACUUACGAAAGCAUACUGGAGAGAGGCCCUACCCAUGUACAGAAUGUGAGAAAGCCUUCACCAGCUUUGCGCAACUAACUGAACAUAUAAAAACUCACACUGGUGAAAAGCCCUUUCGGUGUAAGGUGUGUGCAAGAACCUUUAGAAAUUCCUCAUGCCUUAAAACCCACUUUCGAAUUCACACUGGAAUAAAACCAUACAAAUGUAAUUACUGUGGGAAAGAUUUCACAGCACGGUCAGGUCUCACUAAGCAUGUACUCAUUCACAAUGGUGAGAAACCCUAUGAUUGUAAGGAAUGUGGGAAAGCCUUCAGUACAUCCUCUGGCCUUGUUGAACAUAUAAGAAUUCAUACAGGGGAGAAGCCCUUUGAAUGUUACCAGUGUGGGAAAGCCUUGGCUCAUUCUUCAUCUCUUGUUGGACACUUGAGAACUCACACUGGAGAAAAACCCUUUGAAUGCAACAUGUGUGAUAAAACAUUUACACGCUCUUCUUAUCUUCGCAUUCACAUGCGAACUCACACAGGGGAGAAACCCUAUGAAUGUAAGGAGUGUGGGAAGACCUUCCCUGAGCGCUCAUGCCUUACUAAACACAUCAGAACACAUACUGGUGAAAGGCCCUAUGAAUGUAAGGAAUGUGGGAAAGGCUUUAUUAGUUUUGCUCAACUUACUGUACACACAAAAACUCACAGUUCUGAAAAGCCUUUUCAGUGUAAGGUAUGCACAAAAGCCUUUAGAAAUUCCUCAUCCUUAGAGACCCACUUUCGAAUUCACACUGGAGUAAAACCUUACAAAUGCAAUUACUGUGGGAAAGACUUCACUGCUCGUUCAGGCCUUACUAUACAUUUACGAAAUCACACUGGGGAGAAGUCUUAUGCAUGUCAGGAAUGUGGGAAAGCCUUUAGUACUUCAUCAGGCCUUAUUGCACAUAUAAGAAGUCAUAAAGGAGAGAAGCCCUUUGAAUGUGACCACUGUGGGAAAGCCUUUGCUUCUUCCUCAUAUCUCAAUGUACAUUUGAAAAUUCACACUGGAGAGAAGCCCUUUCAGUGCACAGUGUGUGGGAAAACAUUUACAUGUUCUUCUUACCUUCCUGUUCACAUGCGAACUCACACUGGUGAAAAGCCUUUUCAGUGUAUAAUAUGUGGAAAGUCAUUUUUGUGGUCUUCUUACCUUCGUGUUCACAUGCGAAUUCACACUGGAGAGAAACCUUAUGUAUGUCAGUACUGUGGAAAAGCCUUUACGGAGCACUCAGGCCUUAAUAAGCAUUUACGGAAACACACCGAAGAGAAACCAUAUGAAUAUAAGGAACAUACAGAAGCCUUCACUAGUUCUUCUGAUACUAAUGAACAUGAAAACUCCCACUGGAGAGAAACCCUAUGAAUUCAGAAAAGCUUUUGAGGCUUCUGAUUUUUUCUUUGUAAUAAGGAUUGAAUUCAUUGCAAAUCUUAUGAGUACAUAAGCAUUAUAUAAAAGCAUUCAGUUAUUGUGUACUUCAAAAACAAGAAAGCUCAUUCUAAGGAUACUCCAGGAAUUUAAGGGUUGUAGGAGAGAUCAUCGACUCACAAUAGACCAUGUAAGAACUCACUGGACCUAUGCAACAUAAGAAAUUUUCAAACUCUAGUAUUUCCCUGAGUCUUACUAAAUAUGUGAGCUGGUGCAAGAAUGUCCUUGAUGCAAGACAUGGGAUGCAUCUUGGAUCUGGUAGUUUUGGUGUUCACUUGUGAUCUAGAAAUGGAGAAAAAAAAAUGUAAUUUGGAAAGUCAGCUUUUAUAUCUAAUCUUGACUAAAUGGUAUUUACACACUGCACCGAAACUAUGUUUCUUACAAGGAAUUUGCUUUGUGGAGUCUUCAAGUCUUGGUUGGUAACUGAUGCAUGCCUGGAUGCUUCUGUGGAUAAACUGAAUAUUUUGAGUAUUUCUAUAUUUGUGUAUUUUUACGACUUCCACUAUAUUCCUUUUAAAAAUAUUCCUGUUUGAUAUAAGUGAAAAGUAUUGUUUGUACUAAGAUCUACUGCAUAAUGUCACACAUCCUUGGAUUGUGAAAUAACAACCACAAACUCAGCCCCCAUAUUUCACAUGUUUACUAGUGUCUUGAACCCCUCCUUUUUUGUCAUUAGUAAUGGAGUGUAACUCUACCCCAGGCUAGCCUUGAGCUCAUGGUAAUUCUAUUGCUUAGCCUUCUUGAUGGCUGAGAUUAUAGGUGUCACCCACCAUGCCUGUCCUUUUCUAAUAUCUUAAAUUUUCAGUUUGUAUUCUCACGAACAAUGGGAUAUGCAGAGUCAAAUUGCUAUCUUUUAUUGUUUUUGUUUAUUAAAGGUAGGGUGUGACUCUAACUUAGGCUCACCUGAAAUUCACUAUGUAGUCUCAAGGUGGCCUUGCACACUUGGUGAUCCUCCUACCUCUGCCUCUCAUGAAGCACCAUGCCUAGCAGAUUGCCAUUUUUUAAACAAAUUCUAGUGAUAUUUUUCACAGGAUUAUUCCAAAAGUUCAACACUGGAGAGAAGGCCUAUACUGCAUUGGUUAUCAUUAAAAUCACCAUAUUUUACAUAAGUGAGUUCUUAUCAUUUACCAGUUCUUAUUCUCUUUCCCAGUUCAUAGCCAUUGUUUUUCCUUUGAUUUACAUUAAUCUUUUCUUAGGUUCUUGUAAGAUCAUAGAAUAUUUACCUUUAUUGUUUCUAAGUUUUGGGUUCUAGAGUAUUGGUACUCAGACUGACCUCAAACUCAUGAUCCUUCCCCCUCAGACUCUGCUGUAAUUACAGACAUGUGCUGCCAUGACCUGCUUCUUCUGGCUUGAGUUCUGAUGCCCUCAAGAUCAAACUGUUACUUCAAUUGACAGAAUUUCCUUUUGUAUGGUCUGUUGUUUUACUCAGCAGUCCCUAUCCAUUGUUUUGCCCAUGAAUACUUAGAUUUCUUCCAUGACAUGGGAAAAUGUGAAGUGUAGCUGUCUCCUUGAGUGAGUGAUUUUACAUCCUUGGAUGCAGUCCCUGAAGUAGAUUUGUUACAGUAAAUGAAGUUCUACUUAUAAUUUGAUUUUUAAAAAAUAUUUUUUGGUAAUGGCUACCAAUUCAUAUUCUCAUCAACAGCAGGCUGUGCAGUUAAUGCCAUCCCUUUAAAAAGUACAGUGGCGGGCUGGAGAAAUGAGUCAUUGUAUAUUUGGGAAGAUACUGUUUUAGUUAUUUCUUAGCUUUAAAAUUGUGUUUUUUUUCAAGUUCUAGGUAUUGCUCAUGUGUCAACACCCUAUUAUAUAAAUGUUUUCUGACUUUUUCUAUCUGUGUGCAAUGUUUUCCAUUCAGUUGGUUAGUUUUGCUUUAUUUUGUGAAUAGCUUAGUUUGAUUAUGGUGCUAGUUAUUCUCUUUUUGUACUAUGGGGGUGGGGUUCAAGGUAGGGUCUUGCUGUAGCCCAAGCUGACCUGGAAUUCACUAUAUAGUCUCAAGGUCUCCUUGAACUCAUAGUGAUCCUCCUACCCUUGCUUCCCAAGCGCUGGGAUUAAAGGUGUGCAGCCCUACAUUUUGAUUUUAAUACCUUUGCUUUUCGUGUCAACUCAUAAAUAUUGCUAGAGUGUCAGAAAACUUGUAUAUUUUUAAUUUUAUGAUUUCACAGUCACGGAUCAUAUUUGCUUUAGUUCUAUUUUUUGAGAUGAUAUAUCACUCUAGCACAGGCUGGUCUGAGAUUAUUAUGAAGACUAAGCUGACCUUGAACUUGCAGCAGCCCUCCUGCCUCAGCCUGUCUGAGUUGCUAGGAUAUUAGUCUUGGGCCCCCAUGUCCAGCCUGUUAUAUUUGUUAAUUCAUUUAUUUUUUAAUUUAUGUUACCUGUCACCCCACCUGUUUUUGUAGGGCAGUCUUGUAGCUCAGAUCUACCUUCUUUCAGAUUUUUGUAUGUGUGUGAUUUUUGUAUAUGCUUGUGAGUGAGGCACACGUGGAAGGUAAAAACAACUUUGUCUGUGCUCAUCUUCCACCUAGUAUAAGACAGGAUCUUUUUUGUGUUGCUGUUACAGAUGCCUGGCUACCUGGUCUGAAAUCUUCCAGGGAUUCUGACUCCACUUGCCAUCUUGCCAUAUGCAAGAGCUAGGUUACACGAAUGUUCCCAUAUCCAGCUUUACCUGGGUUCUGGGGAUCCAGAUGCAGGUCUUCACACCUUCAAGGCAAGCACUUCACCUACUGAGCAAUCUCCUCAGCCUUAUUUAAAAAGAAAAGAAAAGCAUAAUUUUGACAGAAGUAUGGGGGUGGUGGUAAUUCUCAGUGGUUCACUUAUGUUCUUUUGCAUGUGUACCUCCACUUUUGUUAGCUUCACUUACUUAAAAGUGUUCUAUAUUGUGUUUCCAUGGCAAUUGUGGUGUAAUCUAACUCAUUGUGUAAGUAUAUUUCUGACCUAUU